ACAUUAACAAAUGGGUAUGAAACGGACGGUUGUAAAAUCGCCGUAAUAUAUGCAUUCGUGAAAUCCCCUAAGUUGACUUCGAUCAUGCCCUGUCAUCUCACCUGGAUGUGGAUUGUAGUCCUCCUUUCAAGCAGUUUACUGAAAGCAGUGACGCCUUCGUCUGAGAAAAUUUUAAUCAAACAGCUUAUAAACAACUACGAAAAGGUUGGGAAAAUUGGACGUCCAGUGAAGAAUAAUAAAGAGACGGUCGUUGUCGGUUAUGGCUUAUCUGCGUUCCAGCUGCUGGAAUUUAACGAGAAGGAUCAAGUGUUGACCAUCAAUGUCUGGGCUAAAUACACUUGGAUUGAUCAGUUGUUGCGUUGGGACCCCGCAAAUUUCACUAACAUCCGUGAGGUGCGCAUUCCACCCAAAUUGAUCUGGACUCCCGAUAUCGUUCUGUACAACUAUGUGGAUGAGCGCCUCAAGGAGCUCCGUGAUGUGAUGCUAAAUGUCGAUUAUCAAGGUCGUGUGUUUUGGAGCCCUCCGGCCAUCUUUAAGUCAAACUGUCGUGUUGACAUCCGGAAUUUUCCAUUUGAUCACCAAGUCUGCUAUCUGCGCUUCGCUUCAUGGACUCAGCACAGCGAACAGCUUGAUUUGCAAUUCUUAGACAAUCGGACAGAGGUAACUUUGGAACAGGAAACCCUCAGUAAUGAGUGGACCAUAUUGGCCAGACCGGCUAAACGUUUCAUUAUGAUGUCAGAACAGUGCGGAAAGAAGAUACCGGAUUUAACAUUCUUUUUGUUCUUGAAGCGAAACCCGGCAUUUUAUGCCUAUCUCCUGGUAUUUCCCUGCAUUCUGUUGAGCUUGUUGACUGGUGUCAUAUUCUGGCUGCCGCCACAUGUCCCCGCAAAAACACUAUUGGGCAUGAAUAUAUUUGUGGCAUUUUCGCUGCUUCUGAAAAUUUUGGCCAGCUCGACUCCGUCAGCCUCAACCAGUGUUCCUUACCUCGGCUAUUACUACUGUUUGAACAUGGUUUUGCUGAGCCUUUCGACAUUUAUAUCCACCGUUGUAAUCCACCUGCACAGUUAUUCUCACAAACAAGGACCUGUGCCACCUUGGCUAGUGAGGAUGGUCGAUUGCUUAGCCAAACCACUGAGAAUAUCCAGACCAAUGGAGGAUGAUGAGCUUAAUGAAACCAUCAGUUCAGUAAGGGACAAGGCAAUGAGGCACUAUGAUGCACAUUGUCAAGAAAUCGAGGCGACCAAUCUCUCACACAUGGGAUAUCCAACUACGCAAAUAGAAAACAACAGCUUUUGUCAGAAACUACCCAUCAGCGGUAACCAAUUUGCUAGCGAUACUAUUCGAAAAAGGUUUCGCGAGCAAGCAAUCGGUUGCACUGCGCAGAACACUAUUGCGCAAGAAUGUUUGGCCGCACGGGACAGGUAUUUCCGUCAGUGCAUUCUAGAGCGCGGUUCACAAUGGAGUCGGGAGUCCACUCCAGAAAUCGCGGAAAACGGAAACGGUGAAUCCCAUAAAUUUAAUGAUGCGGACAAGCCCUCUGACUCCUCUGAUAUUUUAACAGGCUUUGUAGAACCGAGAAGUAGGAAACAUUUACCAAGAUCACGAAAGACGUCCAUGCAGUUUCAUGAUAGCCUGAGGGAGUUGCGUGAAGCGCUAAAAGUUCUGAUGCACAAAGUGACCAAGAAGGACGCCGUCGCACGCAGAGAGCGCGAAUGGCAUUUUGUUGUCAUGACGAUUGAUCGCUUUUUCUUCUGGGUUUACCUUACUAUUCUCAUUUUCACUGUGUGCUAUUUGUUGAUACCUCACGGUCGGGCUCACACAGUGGAAGAGGUGAUUCAGAUGCAUGCGGAUGAAUACACCCGCAGGAACAAAGAAAUUGCUGCAGAAUGCCUUCUACCAAAAUCUUGAUUGCAACACGGUUGAAGGUCCGCCAAUUCAGCAGUGAUCAUCGCUUUAUCCGGAAAUCAAAAUAGCAUAUUAUCUGAUUUAUGUAGUUACAUGUAUUAGGAGUUCAUUUAUGUAAAUGGCUGAUGAGGAUACCUAACUCAACCAUUCACCAUCCGAUUACGGUCAAGUUUGUUGCUCGCUUUUGGCAAUUUCCACAGAAGUAUUGUGCAAACCUACGGAACUGAUCGCAUAUGCCGCUGACCAUGCAUUAUCGUCCCGAACUCACAUUUUCUCGCUUGAUGCAUCAAAAUGCAGUGACUUUCUUUUUUCCCUUCACAAUGACCGUCGUUAUCAGCAACUUCUAAUGGAUCGCACUGAAGUUCACAUAGAUGGUGAACGCUUGCACUCCACCGAAUCUGUGAAGCAUCUAGGUGUUACACUCAGCCAUGAUCUAUCACGGUCACUACAUGUGAAUGAAGUUUUAACAAAAGUGAGGAGGCUUUCUCUUUACGCUGGUUGUUUGCGAUCCUCCUCUGACUUCCGCUACCUAAUACUGCCAUUUAUCGUUACCUAUGUCUUACUGGACUUAGUGCUCCUCUCUGACAUUCCCCGGUUUAUUAAAGAAGCAUUUCAAAAACCUAGACAGGUCAUUGACACAACGGUAUUUCGGUGUGGUGACAUUCUAAAGCCGACCUUUGGUGAGAUUAUUGUGCCUAUUCAUUCCAGUUCAUGCAAAGACUUACUUCAAAAAUACACGCUGAUGCAAGUUACCCCCUUUAUGGUGCAAGCUCUGCAUGUCAACUUCCUCAACAAGACAAAAGUAUAGAUCUAUUUAUUCCCGUACAACCGCUUACCAAUAAUCCGUAAGCCCAAAUUUGGUGGGAUUUUGAGCAACCAGACCUCAGUCGUUAUGGAGCUUGUAAGCGAAUAGACGUUGUAACAUAUGGCUGUAUUUGCUGCUUAUUAAUUUUUUAUAUUCUUUUUACAAUGCCGAAGACAUGUGUGGAAUAGCUGAAUAUCCACCCCAGGGAGC